AUGAGUUCAGCAACAGAUAUUCCGCAGUUUGAGAUCCCCACUCGCUGCAAAGCCGGCGUGGUUGUCAAUGAAGGGCCAGACUUCCACGUUGAGGUUCAAAUGGUGCCAGUUCCAGAGCCAGGCCCAGAUGAUGUCUUGAUUCGCCUGAAUUUUACAGGACUCUGCGCCUCGGAUAUCCAUAUGAUGCGGGGCGACUUAGGUACGCCGCCAAUGUCAGCUUUCGGUGUGCGAUCUCCUGGCCAUGAAGGCGCUGGGGUUGUUGUCAAGAUUGGUUCAAAUGUGAAAAACUUCAAGCUUGGCGAUAGAGCCGGUAUCAAGCCCCUAAUGGAUACAUGUGGCUCUUGUCACCUAUGUUGGGAUGAUAAAGAGACGUACUGCAAAACAGCAGUUCACACCGGUUUAAUGACAGCUGGUACACCAACAUCAUCAGGCACUUACCAGCAGUAUCUGGUGUCGCCCGCACGUUAUGCAUCGCCUAUUCCUGCCGAAGUCCCAGAUGAAAUUGCUGCGCCUAUCAUGUGCAGUGCGAGCACAAUCUAUCGUUCGCUUCUUGAGUCUAAAUUGAAAGCUGGCUCCUGGGUUGCUUUCCCGGGUGGCGGAGGUGGCGUCGGUAUACAAGGUGUCCAGUUGGCCAAGGCGAUGGGUAUGCGGCCUAUUGUGGUGGACACAGGUAGUGAGAAGCGUGCCUUAUCUUUCAAAAUGGGAGCAGAAGCCUUUGUGGAUUUCAAAGUCUCGGAUGAUCCCUCAAAGGCUGUUAUCGAAACAGCAGAUGGAAUCGGCGUUCAUGGGGUGUUUGUCACGGCUCCCGCUGCCUACAAAACAGCAGUCUCAUUUGUCGGUCAACGUGUGGGUGCCAUGAUCAUGUGUAUUGGAUUACCGGCAAAGGGGUCAAUUAUUGUUGGACUGGACCCUUGCGAGUAUAUUUUCAAGAAUUUGAGCAUCAAGGGAACUUUGGUAGGUAGUCGAAAGGACACGGCUGCAGCCUUGGAUUUUGCGCGACGCGGAAUGCUUCAGCAAAUUAGUGAAGUGUAUCCUAUUAAUCGACUGCCCGAAGCUGUAGAUAAAUUGCGCAAAGGCCAAGUGGCUGGGAGGAUAGUUGUCAAUUUCAACUGGGAAAUGUGA